UCCAUUUCUUUCAGUGCCAAAACCCAGAAGGUAUGUCGAGAUCAAGAUCGUCAACGAUGUGUCUUUCCAAGGACAUGGAAAGUAUUAAACUAAAGCGGAAAAUACUCCGAAAAGCUACCAAACAAAUGAUUGGUCUUAUCGAUUCAGAAAUAGCUGAACCAAAACCUGAUGUGGAUCACUUAAGCACUUUGCUGGCGAAGUUAUUGGACAAAGGCCAAAGCUUGCUCGCACUCAAUCAUGAAAUGGAAGUCCGAACUUCACUGGAUCAGUUGGAGAAGGAGAUCAAGAAAUCGGAAAACUAUAAGGAGCUGAUCGUGGCUUCCACAAGCCGUGCACAGCGCAUCAUCAAGAAAAAUGAGGAGUCAUCGCAAGUGACUGCCCAGAAAAGGAAAGCAAUCAUUCUCUCCGAAAGAGCUGUAGAGGGGGACCCGACCAAAAACCACGAAGAAAUCAGCUUUUAUAAAUCUGCGAUACUGUACUUCCUUCACAUCUUGAAGUGUGACGACUACCUGGAGCGGGUCGAGGAGCUGCAGGAGUAUCUGAAGAAGAAAGACCUCCCACCUUCUACCAAACCCAUCCCACCUCCUGCCAAACCCAAAAACAAAUUCUCCAGCAGAUUCUCCAGCAGCCCUUAUGAUGAUGAGGAUACCAUUGCUCUGAGGCUGCAGAUCAAAGAUACCAUAGUGGGUGAGAAGCCAAACGUUAAGUGGAGCGACGUCGCAGGCCUUGAAAGUGCAAAACAGGCGCUUAGGGAGGCGGUCAUCUUCCCUGCCAAGUUCCCUAAUCUCUUCACUGGAAAGAGAACUCCUUGGCGCGGGAUUCUGCUGUUUGGCCCUCCAGGUACAGGAAAGACCCACCUGGCCAAGGCGGUGGCCACAGAAGCCGGCAACGCCACCUUCUUCUCCGUCUCCUCCUCAGACCUCGUGUCCAAGUGGCUCGGAGAAAGUGCAAGGUUGAUAAGGAGCCUGUUUACUAUGGCCAAAGAUUGCAAACCCUCCGUCAUUUUCAUCGACGAUAUCGACUCGAUGUGUGGAUCCAGGGACAUGGACCACUCUGAUUCCGGGCGCAGGAUCAAGACGGAGUUCCUCGUCCAGAUGCAGGGAGUUGGGAACGAAAACGAUGGAAUCGUAGUCCUGGGAGCAACAAACACUCCAUGGAUAUUGGACUCGGCCAUCAGGAGAAGGUUUGAGAAGCGCAUCUACAUUGCUCUGCCGGAGCAGUCAGCCCGCUUCUCUAUGUUUAAGAUUCACAUGUGCUCCAUUCCCAACGAGCUGACCGAGAAGAACUUUGAAUAUUUGGGGGAACAUACGAAGGGCUACUCGGGGUGCGACAUCAACACCGUCGUCAGGGAGGCCACCAUGCAGCCUCUGAAGAAUGUUCAGGCCGCCACGCACUUCAAGAAGGUCCGCAAGGACUUUAGCGACUUCUUCACUCCAUGCUCAUGGACUGACGUCGGCGCCAAAGCCAUGACAUGGAUGGACGUCCCUACGCAAAGUCUUCUAGAACCUGCGGUUACAAUGAGCGACAUGCUGAAGUCGCUAACCAACACCAAGCCCACCAUCAGUCAGAAGGACUUACAGCAGCUGAAGAAGUUCUGUGAGGAUUACGGUCAGGAAGGUUGAUGACGGCUCGUGAAUGCACCGAGUAAGAAACACGUACACGCCGCGUGCAAACUGCACGUACCAUGAAGAUGGGUAGAACUUUUUACACUAACGACUGCCAAUUAUUGAUUAGAUUCUCCAAAUGCCAAUUUAUUCCUGCUCAUGUUUAGAACACCUUCCCCAUACUAUGACUAGGAUCCUUUGCUUAAGAAUUCAUUUCAAAAGGGGCUUUUAUUCAUAAAUAUUUGUAUGUAUUAUUUUCUUUUGCUUGUUUACCUCAAUGUCUCACAUUCCACCAAGGGCCACGUCCACGGUUUCCAAAAACAAUUUGAAAUGUGGACCCGUCGAACCACAGAACACAUUUCCACUUUGCAUCAGUCCAUCUUAGAUGAAUUCGGGCCCUGUGAAGCCGGCGUUUCUGGGUGUUGUUGAUAAAUGGCUUUCGCUUUGCGUAGUAGAGUUUUAACUUGCACUUCCAGAUGUAGCGACAAACUGUAGUUACUGACAGUGGUUUUCUGAAGUGUUCCUGAGCCCAUGUGGUGAUAUCCUUUACACACUGAUGUCGCUUUUUGAUGCAGUACCGCCUGAGGGAUCGGCUUAGCCGCUUACGUGCAGUGAUUUUUCCAGAUUAUCUGAACCUUUUGAUGAUAUUACGGACCGUAGAUGGUGAAAUCCCUAAAUUCUUUGCAAUAGCCCGUUGAGAAAUGUUUUUCUUAAACCGUUCGACAAUUUGCUCACGCAUUUGUUCACAAAGUGGUGACCCUCGUCCCAUCCUUGUUUGUGAAUGACUGAGCAUUUCACGGAAGCUGCUUUUAUACCCAAUCAUGGCGCCCACCUGUUCCCAAAUAGCCUGUUCACCUGUGGGAUGUUCCAAAUAAGUGUUUGAUGAGCAUUCCUCAACCCUCUUGUCUUUUUUGCCACUUGUGCCGGCUUUUUUUAAACAUCUUGCAGGCGUCAAAUUCCGAAAGAGCUAAUAUUUGCAAAAAAUAACAAAAAGUUUUCCAAUUCGAACAUUAAAUAUCUUGUCUUUGCAGUCUAUUCAAUUGAAUAUAAGUUUGAAAAGGAUUAGCAAAUCAUUGUAUUCAAUUUGUAUUUACCAUUUACACAACGUGCCAACUUCUCUGGUUUUGUACAGUAAACCGCAUCGUACGAGCCUAAUUGGUUCCGUGACGGAGCUUCUAACUCGAAACACUUGCAUCUCAAAUCAACGUCACCUGUUGAAAUUACUUUAAAUUAAUUGGUGCUUUCCCCCCCACCCAAAACAGACUCAUUUUAAAAUGCCUUUUUUGUAAGAAAUAUCGUAUAAAAACAUCACAAUGCAAUGUAGUACAAACAACUACAGUACUUUUAUGAAGUAAUAUAGUAAAGUAUCUACUUUGGAGAGCGGACUUGUAAGGUUUCUCUUUCAAGCUGCUUCUCCAUCAAACACACAAUCAGCAGCUUUUUUAUAUUUUCAUGUAUGUCUGCCGUUUAGAUAUUUUAAUGUUCUUAAAUUAUAUUAACUCAUUUUUCUUAAAUAUGGUGCAGACUAGCAGUGAUUCGCACCAAAUGAUUUAUUUAAUUGAAUGAGGAUGAUCAACUUCUCAUUCACAGCACUCACUUUCUUCCUUCCCAUGGUUGCCGAUGUUUUUGCUCGGAUCUUGCGGGGUUGACCGUGACAUUUGCUAAACUAACUAAUGGCGGGGAUGUUUGUAAUCAAAUCUUGGCUUGCAACCAAAAGCAUAAUUAGCCCAAAGACAGCUCUUAUCUCUUAAGUUGAAGCGCCGCUGUAGUGUUUUCAGAACGUCAUAUUCAAAACAAAAUAGGCUCAACUCAUUUUGUCCAAAAAUGACACUUUUGUUUUGUCCUAUAUGUGAUGUAUGUGAACAAAAUAAAACACCCUCAGUCAUAUUGUGAGAACAUUUAAUAGUUAAAAUACAUCUCUUUCCUAAAGGCAUCAUUUUAUAUUAACUUAUCAAUUAACGAGCACAUUUGGCUUGACAUCUUCAUACAUUUUGGAAAUAUUAUCCUUCAGUUGUGCAAAUCUCUUCUGCUAGUGCCGUUAAUAAGCAAAAAUGGUUCCUACUGAGGAGUGACAACAAUCGGAAGUGUUAGAAAUUCAAGUCAUAGGGAAUGAAAAUAAAGGGUGAGAGGAAAUGUAACUGGAUCUCCACAGAAAUCAGCUUGAAAUGAAAUGAGAGCGACUACUACUCAGCAGCUGCCAGAGUAAAACAAAACACAUUUUACGUAACAAGCGUUAUGUCCCUUUUCCCGCUCGGGAGGUUUCUGAUGAACUGAAAUGUUUUAUUAAUAAUGGAAAUUAUUGCUGUAUUGAUGCUAUGAAACUGAAGACUUUACACAAAAAAAAAAAAAAAAAACUAAAACAAGACAGGCAUGGAUGUAGACGACCUUGAAUAUGUUUGCGCAACACUCUAUAUAUACACUUGUGUGGGGCUAUA